CACUGGUCUAUAGAGCAUAUAAAAACAUAUCGUCACCAUCAUAGUACCUUAAGAUGUCCCCCAAACGAAACUUUAAGUCGAAUUCUCAGCAAUUAAACGUAUCUCCUCCGACCCUGCGCAUCACUAAAAUCGCCUCUCUCCAGAGAAAGCCGUUGAAGGAGGAUGCACUAAAGCUUAUCCACGACAUAGCCCGCUUGGUGGCACCCAUAAUGCACAAACACAAUUUCAAGGUGGGGCUUCUCUGUGAAAUGUUCCCCAAGAAUCCUGGCCUCCUAGGCCUCAACAUGAACCGAGGACAAAAAGUAUGCAUCCGGCUCCGCUACGCCACCAAUGAGCUAUCCUUUCUACCGUUGGGCGAUUUGAUUGGCACUAUGCUUCACGAGUUGACACAUAACUUGUAUGGUCCCCAUGACAACAAGUUUUACAACUUUUUGGACGGGUUGAAGACUGAGUUCCACGACAUUCAAAUCCGUGGGUCGCUACAGACUACCGGGUACCUAAGUGAGGGUGCUACUCCUCUAGGAGGACGCUCCUUGAUGGCCAGAGAAGACCGAUUAGCCAAGGUUUGCCAGACCAAGUUGGUGGCUGAAAAAAGACGAUUAGGAUCGAAUUCCGAGCUAGGGGCUGAGGGAGCGAAUCCCGAAAGGAGAACGAUGACCAAGAAACCUCUACGCGAGUUAAUUCUAGAAGCGGUAGAGAGAAGAUUGAAAGAUUCAAAGUGGUGCCACGGAGACUACAACGAUAAAACCCAACAAAGCGAAGCUCCGGAUGACGAUGAUUUGGAAAUUAUCGAACCUAUUGAUGUGGAAGAAGACACGGAGAAAUUUGAACCGAGCGGGGGUAAUUCGAACCUAGAUAACGGAGGAAUUCAAAACGAACCGGGCGAUAACCGCCGUGUGCCGCAUGCAAUUUUCAAAAGAAGGAAGCUUAAAACCGGGGAAGGCUCUACUGAAAUUAUUGACUUGAGCGAUGAAGAGGGGGCACCUCGAAGGAAUAACAAAGCGGGGAAUCCUGUGCUUCUGGCCAUCAAGGAGUCUAGAAUGGUGCAAGAUGUGGUCGUAAUAGAUUUGACCGAUGGCUAGGAAACGAUUUACAGAAUGCACUUAACGAUUUGGAUUGAUAAUAGCUGGCGACUUGGCUUCAGAUUAUUCCUUAAUAUGAGGCUGCUCUAACUAGCCAUAGUUUAUCUUACCGGCUUCACAUUGAUAAUACAGACGGGCUGUGAUGCCUCCUGAGUUUAAGGCUAAGAUAGUUUUACGAUAUAUCGCUUCAUGGUAUAAAUUUUUUUUUUUUCGUUAUACUAAUAUGUGCGAGGAACAUAUACCCGGCAAAUACCGUGUGUUCUAUGGACACGAGCCUUUGGAAUAGAUAUUUUAUCCGAAUU